AUGGCUCCCCCCGCGAAGCGUCGAAGGCGUGAUGCGGUCGAUGCCUCGGACGACGAUGACGAUGACCAGCCUCGACCUGGGAACACCUUGACCAGUUUCUUCACCUCGUCGCUCAGCUCGCCCCCCAAGCCCCAGGCACGGCCUUCUUCGCAAAGCCCCUCCAAACCCGCGACCAAAGCCUCUCCCAAAAAGUCAGCUGCCGCCACCAAGGCCCAGAAGAAGGGCGCGAGCCCCAGCACGAGGCGCUCCAAGGACUUCUUCAAUGGGUCGGAGAAGGGCAAAUCCGCCGACCUGAAGACCCUCUUCUCGCGCCAGACGCAGCGGACUUCCGGGCUUGGCCAGACAAAGGCGACUCUGCCGGCGAAAGACGUGAUCAGCGACCCGAUCUCGGACGACGACGACAUCUCGGAACUCAAAGCAAGCACGUCAAGCUUUGUUGGGAAGCAUGCGAGAAAGAGGGCAAGAAACGGUGCUCAGUUCGCGGCACCGUUGAGCAACGCGGCGCCCAGCCUGCGAUUCUUAAAACCGUCCAAGCCUUUCGGGGCUGAAAGCUCAGACGAGGAAGCGAGGCCAUGGUCGGAGCGGUUCGGCCCUCGGAACCUAGAAGAGCUGGCAGUUCACAAGAAAAAGGUCUCCGACGUGAAGCGAUGGCUGGAUGAUGUAAUGACUGGUCGCCUUCAUCAGCGGGCAUUGAUCUUGAAGGGAGCAGCUGGAUCGGGGAAAACUACAACAAUGCGGUUACUUGCGAAAGACAUGGGUUUCGAGUUGCUGGAGUGGAAGAAUCCUACAAACACGCCCGGCCUAGGCUUUGUGUCGGCUUCAGCUCAGUUCGACGAGUUCCUUGGCCGUGGAAGCAAGUUUGGCGCCUUGGAUCUUGACGAUGAUUCCCCAACCCCAUUCAGCACGCCAAACAACAGCGCUCCACGGGAUCAGCCUAGGCAGGUGAUGCUGAUAGAGGAGUUUCCCAAUACCUUUUCUCGGUCGUCAACGGCUCUGACCUCCUUUCGGAACUCGCUUCUCGGCUAUCUCUCCAGGGACACGCCGUCUUCCUCGUUCUUACAGCCGGAGUCUAACAAAGACCCCGUCAAGCCAGUGGUAAUGAUUAUUUCAGAAGCGCUCCUGACAACUACCUCAUCCUCGGCAGACAGCUUUACUGCCCACCGACUUCUUGGACCUGAUCUCCUGCGCCACCCCGGCGUUAAGGUCAUCGAAUUCAAUGCGAUUGCGCCUACAAUAUUGGCAAAGGCCCUGGACCUCGUUGUACAGAAGGAGGCCCGGAGGUCAGGGAGGAAAAGGACACCCGGACCUGUCGUAUUGAAGAGGCUCGGGGAGAUUGGAGAUAUUCGAAGUGCAAUUUCAUCACUUGAGUUCUUGUGCCUCAAGGGCGACCAAGAAGCAGACUGGGGGUCGAGGGUAGCAUUCAUCAAUGGGAGGAAGAGCGUCCGGGACGGCAUCGCGCUCACGAAGAGCGAAUCGGAGAGUCUAGAAUUGAUAUCGCAACGGGAAGCAAGCCUGGGAAUGUUUCAUGCUGUGGGUAAAGUCGUUUACAACAAGCGAGAUCCGCCGGUGCCUGGGGACAAGGUCGAAAACCUACCAUUCUACCUCUCGCACCUCUCAAGACCGAGGAAGUCGCAGGUUUCGGUGGACACGCUCAUCGAUGAGACGGGGACGGACACUUCAACGUUUAUAUCGGCCCUGCAUGAGAAUUUUGCCGCCUCGUGUGAGGGAGCAGACGACUCCGAUCUCACAACGCCGAUGGAAUACCUCAAUGACUGUAUCGAGGCACUAUCCCUGAGCGACCUUGUUUGCCCGUCAAGGGACUUUAGCUCAGCAGGCAGAGGCGGCGGGUUCUUGGGGGCUGAUUCGGGGAGCCAUAUCGUUCGCCAGGACGAGAUAGCAUUUCAAGUUGCCGUCCGUGGGCUGCUAUUUGCACUGCCCUACCCCGUACGGAGAAAGCCGUCCACGGCCCUGAAGGGUGCCGAUGCAUUUAAGAUGUACUACCCGAUGAGUUUGAAGCUCUGGCGGGCCAGGGAGAACCUCGAAGGGCUCGUGGAUGUCUGGUCGUCGAGACUUCUCAAGGGCGAGUUCAGCGUGUCGACGAAGAACUUGACUGACGGAGCGGGCGCAUUCCGGAAAUCCAAGCAACCGGGCGAUCUAUCCUGGAUGCACCGCCAACACCAGAACCGCCAGCAGCAGUCCGCCCCCAAGGCACCCGAAGCAGAGAGCACCGAUAACGACGGCGUGCCCAUCCUCUCCUUGGGAAGUGCAGCUCGCCGCGAACUCCUGCUUGAGCGGCUCCCAUACAUGGCGCACAUUGCCCGCGGCAACCGUGCAAAGUCGGGGGGUAUACGCCUGCAGGACCUCGAGAAGGUGGUCUCGUUUAAGGGAAUCGGAGCCGGAGAAGAGGGCUCGUCAGAUACGGAGGAGGAAGACACGUCAACGCGCGAGGCAUGGGCAACGGACAAACCAUCGGAGGAGGCAAGCCCCAAGAAGAGGGCGGCAGGCGUCAAGGCGGAUUCUGUAACGACGGGGUUUGCGCAGAAGCUUGUUCUGAGCGACGAUGAUAUCGAGGACUGA